CAGGCUACAAGGUCGCUCCUCCUCCCUUUGGGGCUGUGUGCCAGGCUGGCUGGUGGAUGUGAAGACACGUUGGAGAAGACAACAAUGCUGCCUACAACUGCUGGCCACCGGUGGAGGAGCAGGUUCCUCAUGAGGUGGCAAGAAGCUUGUCUGCUCGGGUGCUGGCUGUCACUAUGUGCUGCCGAGUCCUUCUUUGCUUGCCCUUCCUCCUGCAAGUGUAACAGUGGCAACCUGGAAGUGGACUGUAGUGGCUUGGGCCUCUCUUCCAUUCCCUCAGACAUCCCCACAAACACCAGGACCUUCCUCUUUCUCAACAACAAACUCAGCAUCCUGCCAGGAGCAGUGUUUUCCAACCUCUCUGCCCUCCAGAGACUGGAUCUAUCCAACAACUUCUUGGACCAGCUCCCUCAGAACAUCUUCAGCGACCUGGGGAACCUCACAGAGCUCCAGCUGAGGAACAACAGCAUCCGGGCCUUGGACAAGGACCUGCUACAACACACGGCCCUGCUGCGCCAGCUGGAUCUCUCCAUCAAUGGUCUGGCCCAGAUACCCUCAGGCAUCUUUGAUGACCUGCCUGCUCUCCGCUCCCUUUCUCUCAAGUCCAAUCGCCUACAGAGCCUGGACAGGGUGACCUUCGAACCACUCAUCAGCCUGCAGCACCUCCAAGUUGGAGAUAACCCCUGGGAAUGUGACUGCAACCUCCGAGACUUCAAGCACUGGAUGGAGUGGUUCUCCUACAGAGGUGGGAAAAUCGACCAGCUGGCAUGUACCCUGCCCAAGGAGCUGAAAGGGAAGGAUAUGCGAAUGGUACCCAUGGAGAUGUUUAACUACUGCUCCCAGCUGGAUGAUGAGAACAGCUCUACAGUGCUGGACAAUAUCGGCCCUCCCUGCACUAAAGGAAGCCCAACUCCCCCCAAAUCUAAAUCAGGCACAGAAACAGAAGUGGAGCCCAGCGUGGGAUGCCCUCAAAAACAGCGAUAUAGGCCUGUAAGCGUGCGCCGGGCUAUUGGCACUGUGAUCAUUGCAGGGGUGGUUUGUGGCAUCGUUUGCAUCAUGAUGGUGGUGGCAGCUGCUUAUGGUUGCAUCUAUGCCUCCCUCAUGGCCAAGUACCACCGGGAGCUGAAGAAAAGGCAGCCACUCAUGGGUGACACAGAAGGUGAACACGAAGAACAAAAACAAAUCUCUUCUGUGGCAUGA